CGAGGAGGCCAUGUGGUUCAAGGUUAGACUGUUUUGUUUUGGGGAGAAAUAAUAUAAAAAAUGUUGAAUGUGUGGCUAUCAUGUGGAACAACGAACUCCGGGAAAAAGUUUAGAUGAAGUGUAGCGACUUUAUUUUAAGCGUUUCAAAAAGCAUGCCAUCUAUACAAAAGUGUUAAAAUAUUGACUGUGUGGCGUCGUUCCCUGUAUUGGAUUCGCAGAUUCCAAAUUUCCUAAACUCGCGCGUCUUGUCAUCUUGUCAACGCGCAGUGCAGUGAGGUGAGUGUGUAGCAAUCAUGGCGAAUCCAAGGAAGUUUAGUGAAAAAAUAGCUCUCCACAAUCAUCGACAGGCCGAAGAAACGGCCGCUUUUGAACAAAUCAUGAAAGAAGUUAUAGAGGUGACGACGAAGGAAGAUGCGUCACAUGGGGGCCGCAACCUCCCCGGCACCUCUCCCACUGCGUCCGGGUAUCGCGGGGAGGGGCGGAGUCGAGCACGUUCGCAAGGCGGGCCAAUCAGGCGGCCACACGAUCGCAAGCUUGACACCUCCCCCUACUCAAGCACCUCCUAUUUGUCACCGCCCACUGACACCGGUUGGCGAAGGACGAACAGCGAUUCAGCUUUGCACCAGAGCACUAUGCAGGGCAUGGUGGACAGAAACAAUGAUUCGUCCAGAGGUUGGAACCUACCGAUGAUGAAUGGGCCAGAUCGAAAUAACGACCGAAGGCCAAGAUCGAGCUGUGACAUACCUUCGUCUCGAGUACCUGGCAUUAGUAUACACCAUUCAGCACAUGACCCCAGCUUGAUCCAAAUACCAAUCGCAAAUACUGGAUCUCUACCAGAUCUGACAAAUGUGGAUUUCUCUUCGCCAAUACACGCACCACUGGAUCAGGAUCAUAGUAGUUCACCAUACAGUUCUAGUCCUGUAAAUAAUAGUCCCUCAACGCUUUCCCCUACAAGUAUCACUCAGGGGGUGAGAAAUCAGGGGCAGUUUCAUUUCACGCCAGUGUCUCAAGCACAACCUCACUCGAAUCAUUUGCCAGUCCCAAGUAGUAGAUACCAACAUCAUCCGCCUUAUAGAAAGAACAUCCAAAUGGAUAAGAACAUGGUAAAUCUGGUGGACACAGAUUUCUCACAAAUUCAAGGAUUCAUAUAUCAGCAACAAUGCUCACCAACAUCUUCAUCCCCCACAUUACACCACCAGCACCAACAUCAACAACAGCAAAGCCCGACGUCGACGGGUGCGUACCGCAGCCCUCGGCCCAGCCCUCAGAACUCACCCUCCCCAGGCGGGGGGCGCUCUCCAGGGCCGUGCAGUCCAGGGGGAGGGUCCGCAUCGCCCCUCCCCACCACCGCGGAUUACCAUGCGUUGAGUCAGCAGGCGGCGCAAUUUCAGCAGCACUUCGAGCAGUUGAGCAUGAUGGACAACCCCACCAGUCCGCUGCCCAACUACUCCGCCUCGGACCAAUCUGGCGGCAUUGCGACUCCGCCCACCAUGUCGCAAGCGCAACAGAUUCACACCGGUCAAACUGGCCUGCCUUCGGACGCUACCACGUUGGAUUUGGGCUCGGAUACAGGCUACUACAGCACCUCACCGUCGCAGUUGGUGUAUCCAGUACCGUCGCCAGGGAUGCAGCCUAAUACGCCUAACACGCCAACGAUUAUCUUGACAGACUUCUCAGAGGACGAAGCGUUGCGACAAGACAGCCUAACAAAGCAGCUCGCCUCGGAGUUUUUCUCCGAGGAGACGCUGAAAGAAGGUUUGGGCUCAUUGGACUUCGAUGAAUUCCAGAUCUUAGCGAAUCCAUCUAUGAAUAUACCAGAAACGGUUGAAGACAAUUUUAGGUUAGAUCAUCGAUCAUAAUAAUGGGAGCGAAAGUGCGAACAAACGAACCAAAUAGAUAGCGGGCAUCUCAAACACUGACCUUCGAAGUGGAAUCAAUAUCUAACUGUUUGUUGUGAUUGUUAGAUCUAGCCGUUUGUCUGUCGUUGUGGCCAGCCAAAUAAACAAGGGUGAUUGUGAUGGACCAUCCUGAUUGAUCAGACCUUAGGUGCUAGUAAGUGGUAAAUGGUUUAUUAUGACAGUGAUUGACAUGACCAUAAUAGACCCUCUAGGUAGGCCUUAAAUUACGCUGCGUGACAAAUUGAAUUUGUGUAUUCAUGGUUCAAGAUACGUGUAAAGUUGGUACAUGUUUCAGGUUAUGUCAAACAAUACUACACAUUUUGGAGUCAUUAUAUCCAAAAAAAAUAAUCAAUAGCGUAUUAUAUGGUUUCGGGGUUGAUUUUUAUCAUAUCCGUCUCUUUUCGUUACUCAAACUGAAGAAAUUGUCACUACGACGGAGUGCAACCUCUAACUCAAGAGGCUGAAACUAGUUUUUUACCCGCUCUUUCACCACUCUUAAGACUCAAAUUGCUUAUUUUACAGUUUAUCGUGACUGAAAACUUAUUAUUCUUGAGCCUUUUCAUUCGCUCAAUUAAGAUAAGUUGUUAACUCACUGAAUAAGGUAUAUCAUCUUUAAUAAAAGUUGAGUCUUGCUAUGUUUUUUCCAAAUUUCCUCUGAUAAUCAACAGUACAAGUGAUUGUAUAAUUUUUCCCCUUGGUAAUGUUAAUGGAAAAAACCUAGGUAAAUAAUGCGUGCAUUCAUGUAAAGCUUCUUGGGCUUGUUGGAUACAUAAUUAGUUACUAUUAGGUUGUUCGGAAAGUUCUUGCGGUUUUUGUUAUUUAUAGUUUAAAUGAUGUAUUUUCACUCAAAUUUAUUUUAAUACUUUGAGCUUAUUUGCCAUUUUGAAGCGCCCUUUUUUGCUCUAUCUAGUCAUUGUAUUCGUUUUGUUUUACGACAAUUUAUUUUUCACGACUUCAAAUAUAGGGUGGACUAGAGGCAAGUUCGCGCGAUUUUCUUAUUCCAAAUUGGGUCGAAAUGUUGUCGAGACAGCUCGCGAUUUCAAUGAUGCAUUUGGCCAAGAAACCACUAACGAACGUCGAGAAAUGCUUCAAUAACCAUGACGAUGCCAAAAAUAUCUUCGAUGAGUUCAUCGCCUCCUGAACUCCGGAUUUCUAUGUUAGCGGCAUAAAUAAACUUGUUUCUCGUUGGAAAGAAGUGUACUGAAUCUAAUGGCCGGGGGAACUCCACCUCUAGGCUUUGUGGAGGGCUGCAGGACAUUUCGUUGUUCUCUCCGCUAAUACCCUGGCUGCUGAAGGGCUAAGUGGAUAAGUUCUUCUACCUCUACCAACUUGAGUAGUGGGGCUCAAAUUGAAACAUGUAUCAACUAAAAGUCUACUUUUUUUUUUUAAUUUCGUUGCGCAGUGUAAGAUCAUUCAACGGAAAUAAUUAAAAUGAAGUUAGCAUCUUUUUCUCUAGUACAUCUGCUGAUACAAAUAUUUGUAUUUGAUCAGAUAUGUUUCAGUAAUAUACAACAUAUUAUCGGUAGAGAAAAUAGAGGCGAACCUUCUUUUGACAUGCUGUGUACAUUCUUUCAUACAUUUCACAUAGGGGUUUAUUGAAUGUUUUGUAAGUUACCAUUAUUGAAUAGUGAAAAUUGGUGUUCACACGUACCUUUACCGGAUAGGUAGGGGCAGUAAAUUUUUUAUAAUUUUAGACUGAAAACAGUCUGUUGACUCUAACGAAUUUUUGGGAAUUCAGAUUGAAAACGUAGAUGUUUUUGCACUACAAAAAUGUUCAAGUUUUGUAGAAGGAAUGGAAUAGACACAGAAGUAUUCAAAAUAUGGAUGAUAUUUCAGCUUUUUUUAAUCGCCAUUUUUGUACUUUGAUAUAUUCCAGUGAAAUAGCUGUUAAAAAUCGUGGCAUAUUGUAGAUGCAUUUUGAUAAUGCUUAAAUCAUAUAAAUAUUUGGAAAUGGAAAAGUGUUUUUCAUAAUUAUAGACUAAUGCAUAUAUAAUAAUUGUCAUUUUCUCUGGUACAAACAGACUGAAAUGCUUAUAAGUAUACUUAACACGUUUUUUCUAUUUGUAUUCUACAUGUCAAAAAUCGAAAUGCAUUAAUAUAUGCCAACACCCUUUUACUCAAAAAAAAAUAUGCACAAUUAAAAUAUUUGGACUGCUUAGGGUAGCACUCGCACAAAACUGUAAAAACCGAUUUUUCAUUAUCCAUAACCGUAUUAUAUCACAGCAUAAUACUAGAAUACAGUUGAUUGGAAUAUUUGGUUUCCAAUACUUCUCGAUACUCUUGGGCGGACAAACCUUGCUUAGAGGGAUAUGUGAUUAUGGCAGCAGGUUUUUUCUUUUUGGAACUAUAUCAGUUUCGGAUUGCGAUAUUUUUAACACUUAUUAUAGAUUUAAACAAAAGUUGCUUCAUCGUCGAGCACUGUGGCAUUUCUAAAGGAAACCUACGCUUCAAAAUUAUGUACGUUAUUACCUUUUACCAUAUUAAUUUGAUCUAUUCUUGUGAACACCUUAACGACACACUUUGAAUGACGCAAAGUUACUUUGAAAACAGAUAUUCCAAUCAAAUUUCAAACUUUCAGAAAAUAAUAAUCAGAAAAAAUAGCUUCAAUGAAGAUAGUGUAUGUUCUCUGGUGUGUAAAAUGUAAAAAAAAAAUUGUAAAUGCUCAAAAAUAUCAUUUACCAUUUUUAAUUUGGGUGCGGACAGAUUAUAUAGCAGAACAAGUUCUGUAUUUCGUCUUGUAACGUUUUGAAAGACGUAACAUUCUAUCAAGAAAUGUAUUAAACAUUUUCCGACCUUUUGCAGCAAGUCAUGCAACUGUGCCAUGUAACAGCAAGCUUUAUCGUAUAGUCUAGAUGCGCCUUUACAGUCAUUUUGUGUAUAUAUUUUUCGUUAGUAAGUAUACUAGAACAUUUAUGUGCAAUUUAUAAGUGAUAUUUUUGAACGAGUAAGAAGUGUAUAUCAUGUAUGUAAAUUUUUUGGAAUAUCAGAAGCUGUCCUUCGUGUUCGCUAGGUGUUGUAUGCAGGUUUUCUCAUAUAGACGUUUUUAAGAAUCUCAGCAGUUCUCGCACAUUGUACAAGUAACUUUAUUCAAUCUUCUUCGGAAACUGAGGGUGGAUUUCACAUAGGACAGACCACAAUGAAAUUACGCUGAAAUUGCAUUGUCGUAUCCCCAAAUCAUCACAUUUUUCAUUUGGUGAAUGUGACGGAUAGUGUAUGCACGUCACGUCCCUCUGCAGCCCUAUAGUAUCUGCCAGUACUUGGGUCUUCCUGGAGGCUCACAUAUAAAAAAUUACGAAGUUCCUAGUUAUACAGUUCCUAGCCAUAUUAUUACGCACUAUAGAUUCUAUGUGGAAUCUUAAAAAAUAUCGGGUGUUUUACAGGUUUAAAACGUCAUAUUUGUAGAAAAAUACUUGUUUGUUAAAUUUUAAAGAAUAUUGAAAUCUACAGUGUAAAAUAUAAAUAUCUUGUAGAACCAUCUUUUGGCAUUAUCAGGGCUUGAAUUCCCGGCAUGCUGUCGAUAGAAGAGGUGAGUCUUGUUUUUCGUCACUUCUUCCACUUCUUCGUUCAUUAGCUUCCACACUUUUCUAUUGGUUUCAAAUCGGCAGCGGUAUUACGUAUCUUGAAAAGUCACAUUCUGAUUGUUUUUUCGACUUUAUAUAGGUUUCUUGUAACAUGUAGGUUUUUCUACAAGAUGUUAUUCACUUGACGUGCACUCAUUCUGUACCGGUACGUUUUGCCUAAACGUCUUGAGGCUUCAACUACCAAUUUUUGGCUCUGACGUAAUGUAACAUCUGCUUUUUUUGAUGUCUAAGCUGUAAUUUGUAUACCACAGCUGGAAGGAAAUGGCAGUGAUCAGUGAAGAUUUGUUGAUGAUAAUUUCAUUGCUUUCUUGUCUCAAAUACACUUACUUGAGAUGUAUGCAAAGCUAGAAAUUAGUUGCGUAUCCUCUUUUUCUUAUUCAUCCUGAAAAUUACAUAAGCAAUUUUGUUGAAUUUCUAAACUGCGAGAGAAAAGAAAUAAUUACUCGUAUAUUCACUGUACACUGUCGAAUUACAAGUCAUAUACAUGCUAACAGUAAUUACACACAACGCGGGCGCGGUGGUGGUUUCCGUAACUAUCAUCUGAGUUUUUGAAAACAAAAAAAAAACGUAAAACAUCGUAAUUUAUAACUUUGAACAUAACCUGUCUUCAAAAAGGACAACAUAUAAAUAACCCGCCGGACACAGCUUAGAUAUACUUCAUUGGCAGCAUAUUCAGUAAUGAUUUUCUCACACAGCAAAUAUCACCGAUUUUAUACACAUGCAAAUCAUCCAGAUGCGAUCUUGUUACUCCUCUACUCAACCAAUCUUCUUUCUGUCACAUCUUCUCAGAGAUAUACUGUGCAAACUAUAUCGGCAUUCUGCAACCAACAAAGUAUUCUGGGGAAUUCAUAGCGGACAAUAGCGGAAUCAACUAUUGGCAUACUAGGAACUAACUAGUCAGCAAGUUGACAUCUUGUUGUUUUUUUCUUUGACAUUACAUAGUUUUUUUACUUAAUAACCCUGCGGGGCUAUUACCCAACCAAUUCAAUAUUUUGUUCUCGUAAUUAAAUUUUGAAAGAUAUUUCGUGUGAGAAGUCCUGCAUAAAAAUAAAUGAUAAAUAAUACCAGAUGUAAUCUAGUGCAACAUAUACAAUUACAAAUACUUUAUAGUGCGUUUAAUAAACAGGCCAGGAACUAUACGUAUACUCGGACAUACCAGAGUUCGACAUGAAAUAAAUAAAUUCUAAGGUUUCUUGACGUCCUAUUGAAACCUGCAAAUAAAGGAAUGUAUUAUAUUCAUAAUUUUGUGAAAUUCACCCUUGAAUAAGUAUGCUCUUAAAAUGCAGUUGUGUAUGUAGACGAUGGUGCUAUUUCUGUUUUUGAGACUCGGAGUUAUUUUUUAUACUUUUUUGAACUGCUAACAAAUGCUUCUUAGAGCUUCGGUUGGGUUGAAACAUAUCACUCGUCAAAAUAUAUUAUCUCAAAAUUGUAUUCAUGCACUCAUGAUGGGUAUAGUGACAUAUGAUGUCAAAACAAGAGUAUGGAAAUGUUAACUGUAUGUCUCAUGGAAAAAUAUACAGACUCAUCAUAUCGAGUGUAUGAGGUCUGUUUUAUAGAUAAAUGGGGAUGCAAACAGGUUUUGAGAAAAAGUAGCUCAAAUAUUCUCUGAUCUCAUUUUCAUGAACUAAUUUCCGUCAGCCAGUAAAACACAUUACACUGUAAUGUCACUUCAGUUUAUUCCGCAAAACAAACAAAUCAAUCCAUGAUAUACAGUAGCGGACAAAGGUAUUUAAACAUUCUUAGUAAAUUUUAAAAAGUGUGCUAAUUUUUUAUUUUUUAUUAUUAAGGACUAUUUUUUUCUCAUAUAGUUUGCUUACAGUCUUGAGAAUACAAAUGACAGUUUGCUGCGAUACUACAGACUGAGACUAGCAUUAAAAUACCUUCAUAUUAUUUUCUGACCGAAAAUGAGACGACAAAAGUAUGGAAACAUAUUUUUCAUUACAAAAUUAAAUACAAUAACUCUACAAAAAGUUUAAAAAAAUAUGGUUUAACUAAUAUUUGUUAGCAUAGCCUUUAGCAUUCAACACUGCUUGACAUCUGCUGUUCAUAGAAGACACCAAUUUUUACAGACGUCUGUUGGGAUAUUUUGCCAAAUAUUUUUUUCAUAAUGAAAUAAAUCGUUCAUAUUUUUAAAAGUUUUUAUCAGUUGUGUUUUAACAUGCUCCCAGAGAUGUUCUAUAGGGUUUUGGUCCGGGGAUUGCGAAGGCCAUAUAAGAACAGUAACAUUUUUUGACCAGUUAUUUACGAAUUUUGAGGUAUGAUUGGGGUUAUUAUCUUGCUGGAAUGUCCAUCGUAAAAGCAUUUCUUCUUCAGCAAAAGGGAGCACGCAAUAUCAGAGUAUCGCAGAACGAAUAAUUACGGCAAAACUGAAAUUUUUCCAUACUUUUGUCGUUACAAAAACUGUGGUUUAAAAAAAAACGCGUGUUUUUUUCAGAUAAUUUGAAUUUUGAUAAGAUAAACCUUGUAUUAGUACGGGAGCUAAAGGUAGACUAUAAUAUUUAUAUUAUCUGUUUCUUCACAAUUUUAAUUUAGGUAUAUGAAAUAGUUCAUAAUAAUGUUAAUAUUUGUUUCGAAACUUUUGUGCGCUACUGUAUGAAGCACAUAUUUCUUGAUUUAAUAUGAGAAUUAAGGACCCAUCUUACACAAAUCGUAUAAUUUUUCUCCAGGUUGAGAGACAUUCUACAAUAAAACGACCAUAUUAAUUAGAUCCAUUACUUCUGCCAUAGCACAGGCUGAAAUUUUGAUUCCCGCAGAUCAAUAGUACAAUCGGGCCUUAGAGGCAUAAGCGCGUAUUAAUACCAAAUCCAUACAAAGCUUGUAUAUAGGACCGGCUUUAGGUUCAGUAUAAAGUAGCCUUUUAGUGGUUAUAAACGUUAAUAAAUUCAUGAGCAUAGCCAAAAAAGACAGCUCCAGCGUAAAGAUGCCCUUGGGCUAAAAGCGGGACUUAACGCCCGGAACUUAGUCAUAAGGUCCAGUUUAUCGUCCAUUCGUAGAUGACAUAUAACAAAAAAAUAUUUAUGAAGGCUAUGAUGUCAUUCAUUUUUUGAGCUGCAUACACCGACAUUUGUAGACACUUCAAAACUUGUUACAUCUCUUUUUUGUAUAUUUGGAAUGUUUCGAGACUGGCCAAACAUAUCAAAUUGGUUCUGUGUUCAUGUCCUUCAAUCUGAACAGACACUAAAAAAUCUCUUUGGUAAUAUUUGUUAAUUUCCUUUGUUAUAAUUUCGAUGGAAAAGUAGCAUUGGAUAGCAGUUGUUUUUUUAAUUGCUCAUUUUAACUGGCUACAUAUUGCGGACGUUCACUUUGAGAAACGAUGUUUUGUAGUCAGUAAGAAAAAUUGAUUAAAUUCCAUAAUGUGGACCUAAGUCAAGAUGUUUUCUAUAGUAGUUAUUAAUACUUUGUUUAAUGUAAGGUGUUAAUUUUAUGUAGAUUUUUUAUUUGAUACAACGUUACAAGGAAGAAGAGUAGUUAUAUACAUAUGUGGGAUCCCAUUUUUUCCAUAAAAUUUGUAAAUAUUUACCAUUUUACAUCUAUUCAUCACGUUUAUAUACAUAUAUUUAAAUAUUCUAUAUAUACAUAUAAUUUUAGAUUAAAGAAAAUUUUAUUAUCUGGACACAAAAUGUCAAUUGUUGCAUGC